GGAUGCGUUGAGGCGCCACCUGAAGGGCUGCCCCAACAAGUAAGCAGACCCCAGGUGCACCGAAGUCUGGAAAGGAAGUGUCUUGUUUGCCUUGAUUCUCUGGAGGCCUUUAUAUGAAAUUUGCUGGUCAAUUUGUCUUCAUCUUUUUUUGUGAUUGCUUUUCCCUUUGUAUCCUCAUUGCAUUAUCAGUGUUGUCGUCGUUCCUUGUUCUCUUUGUGCAUUGCAUUGUAUUUGUACCCUUCAAGUCCUUUUCUCCAACCCAACCACAUUCCUUUGUAGCAUUAUCAACCAACAUGUCUGAAAUUGUGACGGUCGCUGAUUUUGACACGCGAAUUCAACGAAUUCAUUCCUACUCUUACCAUUGACGGUCAACAUGCAACGCACGUGUAUCCGGCUGGCAUCAUCUGUAACAACCAAACCAUUGGCUCUGCAAGAGGCUAAUGCUGCAUUACUACCUCCAAAACCGCUUUUCCGCCAAAUUCUACGGUCUCACCGGAAUCUACCAUCGGAAAUGCGUUCUCUGGGAGAUGAUUAUGUGAAAGCAGAAUUCCGUCGCCAUCGAGCAGUCACAAAUCCAGUUCAUAUAAUCGGUUUCCUUUCACAAUGGAAACUUUAUUUGGAGGCACUACCCGCUUCAAAGGAAGGAGAGAUGUUCGUAGGAGAGAAGUUGGAUCCAUUUUUACUGGAGAAGAUGUCUUCGGAACAACUGGGCCAGUUAUAUGAACUAAUGCAAGCCACGAAGGAUGUAUGGAAGCCCUCCCAAUCAGUAAAUGGAAAGGAUUUGGACAAGCUAUGAUACUGUUCCCAAUGUUCAGUAAUCCAAGUGAGAUCCUUCAGCCAGGUCAAUGUCAUUCUUAGUACUCUACGUCCGGUAUGCUGAUAUGUAUUCGUGUAAAAAAGUGCCACUCCUUUCUCCCGCCCGUGCGAGGAGUCUUUCGUCAGACUCCCUCUGGUCUGUAUGCAAAUUCGUUGAUACGAUCACCAUUCUCCAAUGAGCUGGUCAAAAAUGGGCAUGAGCUGAGUAACAUUCCUACAUUUAUGUGUAGUGA